AGGAUUCGGAGUUUGGGUGCAUCGGAUCGACGGCGGAGGAUGCUGGCGAUAUUCGAGCGGACGGUGGCGAAGAGCCCCGUCGGCUUGGGGAACGUGAAGUCGGGGCCGGGGAAGAAUGGCGUCGGUGAAGUCGCCUCGCCGGGCGGCCACUUCGCAGCCACUCGCAGAGGGGCGGUGACCAUAAGACUCGGCUCUUCCGCUGCCAUAUCGUACACCGCGGAGAAGCAGAACCCCCUCCUCCCCAGAUUAUUUGCUUCUGUGGAUGACAUAUAUUGCUUUCUUCAAGGGCACGUUCGGAAUAUUGCUCAUUUGAAGCAACAGAAUGUAUUGAACAAGACUGCCAAUGAAGUUACUAUUGUAAUUGAAGCUUACAGAUCUUUAAGGGACAGAGGACCUUAUCGUGCAGACCAAGUUGUGAGAGAUCUUAAUGGAAUUGCAUUCAUUUUGUUUGAUUGCUCAGCAAAAUUCACCUUUAUUGCUUCUAUAAGUAAACCUUAUAACCAGUAUCCUUUUUACUACUUUUUUCUUUUCUUCAUGUCAAAUUUAGUUCUUUAUCCGACACAGGAAAAGGUCAUAAUGCAAAGCAGUUUGGAAGUCAGGUAAUCUGAUGCCAUGUUGGUGUUGGAGACACAAGCCAAGGGGGCUGUGGAUAGAAGAAUUCAAGAGAGAAAGGGAAGAUGAUAAACUAAUUCAGGAGCUUUUCAAAUUCCAGAUAUGGAUCCCCUUGGUUUACUUGACAUCCCCUUCACCCUAUAAACUGGAAUUUGUAAGGUUUGGAAUGAACAUUUGAACCUUGAUUACUUCCUCAUAGUUAUAGAGAGUUUGUAAGUUCAUCCUUGUCUUUCAAAUAUUUCCCCAGAGCACCAGGGGAUCAAAUACCCAUUUUCUUGUCUCAUACUCUAUUGUUUGUUGCUAUUCUCUUUUUUAUCAUACAUUGCUGCAUUGGCAUCUCUUUCAAGUUCCCUCUGCUUCAUUGUUUCUAAUUGUUUCUGGAAGUUACUAAUCUUGUAAAUUCCAAACAAAGCUUGUGGAAUUCACAGGAGAGGGAAAAAACUAGAGACUAGAGAGAUAGGGAGAGAGGCAGUUACCAGGAUGUGGACUAGGCUGUUAACAAUUAUUAGGAAAGAAAGUUUCCUCUUUGAGAACUUAAGAAUCCUAACUUUCUGAAUUUGAAUCAAAGAAUGCUAUCUCUCACAUCUUGGCUCAGGACUAUAGAAAAGUAUGAGUUUUUGUCCAUUUCUUGAUGGUCUUUUAAGUUCGUAGGCUAUGUAAAUUAUGCAUAUCUGCUUUUGUAGAGCAUGGUGAUAUUCCAAUAAAAACAGUUAUAUCAGGGUUGUCAAUGGUAAAAAUUGUGGAAAUUCUGUGUCUAGUAAAUUUUGGUCAUCCUAAUAUUUGAUAGCAGUUGGAUUAGAAGACUGAAGAACCAGAUAGUUUUACAAUCCUUGUUCAUUCUUCUAUAGGUGGUGCAAGAAUCAAGGGUGUACAUGCAUAUUUGCAAUAUGCAACAUGUUUCCUGAAAGGUGAAUAAUAAAAAAAGUAUGGCUAAGAAUUAUUCAUAUAGUAUAGUACAGUAGUACUAUACUCUAACAUCCAUAAUCAAUAUUCAUAGCCAGGUGUAAGUUGCUGAUAUUGUUUGGACGUACAUUACAGAUCAGUCAUGAUUACUGGAGCAUUUUUCUCCUUUUAAGAGAUAUUGGGCAUUAUAGAAAGGAUCACCAUAUGGAACACACUUGAGAAAGAAGAAAAGGCUUCAUAUUUAGAUCUUUCAUAUUUUUUGCAUGCCACUUGUUUGGUAUUAUUUGUGUGACUUGGUUCAGUUAAUUUGAAUCAACACUCAAACUCUACAUAGAUCUUGUUUUGUUUUAUACAGGAUACUGAUGGUAGCAUUCCCUUUUACUGGGGAACUGAUUCAGAAGACCAUCUUGUUCUUUCUGAUGAUGUGGAUAUCAUAAAAAAGGGCUGUGGAAAAUCAUUUGCAGCAUUCCAAAAGGUUGCUUCUUCACGACCUCGAGGGGAUUGCAGAGUUUUGAACAUCCUCUGAAUGAGGUGAAGCUUAUGUUGAGGGUUGACAGCCAAGGGGAGGUGUGUGGUGUGACAUAUGAGAUUGAUGCUGAAACUAAAAAGGGAUCAGGCAUGCCGAGGGUUGGGAGUGCUGCAAACUGGUCUUUUCAUUACUAGUCUACCGAGUACCAUCUACUGGGGUUUUCAUGCUUUUGCCUUUGGUAAUAGUUUACCGAUGCUUUGACAUUCUGGAUCCUUUAUGGAAUGUUUUAUGCAUAAGUGGGGAACUUUAUUGCACAAAGAGUUGAGCUUUAUGUGAGUGCGCUUUAUCCUUUGGACCACCUAUAAUUUUCCCAUAUCUGUGCAGGAAAUGAAACUCGGUGUUUAUUUAAGAUUCUUACAACCAUGCCUUGUAGUUUGUAGUACUACUAUUUGAAUAAUGCAGAUUCUAUAGAACUAAGAAAAG